GUUGAAUCACAAAGUGUUAUAACAGCAUCUAAAAAUGAGAGGCAACAUUGAGAUCAUUGCGUUGCUAAUGCCGCUGAUUAUGACGUUGACUCGCGGCCAUACGUCUCGCAGUGUAAUCCAUCGUGAAGAUCCCUGCAUCAGCUUAUGCGAGAAGACACCCGCUACUUUUGCCAAUAAUAUGUAUGUGAAGUCUUGUUGUCAACGAGGUUGCAGAUUCUUUAACCUGGUUGAUUUGCGCUAUGGACUGGAGCCCAAUAGUUUGAACGGCACAAGAAACGCUUGCGAGGCUUCAUGUACAGAAGCUUACAUAGAAUUACAAGAUCGCUAUGCUUGCGGAACUGGUUGUGAUUUUAUGGCCAAGCAACGAGUAUCAGACUUGUUAGCUCUAUUUUCCAUUGCCAUAUGCAUGGAGGAUGGCAUAGAUUCUAAUGUCCUGCUAAUGUCGCCUGAUGUUCCGGAGAACGAUAUAUUGACCGAUCCUGGGUUGCGGAAGGAACUGCUGCCUAGGUGGUGGGAUUCCAAUGGUUUCAAAUUGCCACAGACGUACGUUAAGACAGUACCAAUGGAUGCUGGGACCGUCGACUAUGCUUUAUCUUCCGACUAUUCCGGGGAAACCGAACAAGCUGCGCCAAUGCCUCCAUCCAACUGGUUUCAUUGCGCCUCGAAGCAUAUACGUUACUGGCACCUUGCUCCUACUAUAGUGGGACUUGUCAUUAUUAUGCUGUUUAUGUUCUGGGCGGUCAUGUUGCUAAGAAGCAUGCUUUGCCAGAAAAGCACCUUGGCGAAUCAGUCUACCCCAUCGACGGUUACAUUGUACAUACCGCUGUACAGGGAGUCAAUGUAUAAGGAGCCGCCGCCUAAAUACGUUCCAUUAUCGUCCGAUGAUGAAUGAAUCCAACGAGACGUGAUUGUGUAAUGUCUCGGAAGCCCCAGCAUAACACAACAAUGCAAUGAUAUAUAUAGAUAUAAAAAUAAUACAUUACUGUGAAUGUAUUAUUUAAGUUUAUAUAGUAAUCACACAUCCCGAAAGAUUUUGCAUUUUGCAGUAAUGUCUCACAGGGAAAUUAUACCACCUUUUCUUUUUUCUAUUUAUAAAGUAGUUGACGCUAACUUAUUUAACAUAUAUGAUCAUCGAUACAUAAGUAUAAUAUUAUGUUAUUAAUAUUAUGUAUUAAUGUAAGAUACGUUAUAUGUUAACAUAUGUGGUAUAUUAAUGUACAAUAUGAAGUGAUAAAGAUAAAAGGACAAGACAAUGCUUAUUCAACAAUAUAAAGUUUCCAAACUGAAAUGUUUUUAAUAUCGAGCUUUUAGAGAAAUUUACGUUGAUAAUUGUAUUUCAGACUGAUCUAUUAUAAUUUUCUAAGUAUGUAUGUGUGUGUGCGUAUACCAAAAAAGAGAUAUUGACUUUUAAUAUCGAAACGCGAAUACAAAACUUUUUCGCCUCUUUUACGAUGUCCACGAGAGCACAAUUGGACAAAAUUUCUACACGUGUAUUUAAACAUACGACCGAUGCAAUUGCCAUACAACGAAAGUUCAAACUCAUAACAGAAGUAAAUGCAAAACUUUUUCGACGACAAUAUAAAUGCAUAAUCAAAGUGUCGUUUGGUUUUAUUGCACUUAUUGUUUCUCGACUAGUUAUCCGAGGGUCGAAAAGACGAUAGUACAAUACACAAAGUCGCAGAGAUAGUUGAAGGAUUUAUACAUGUCGUGAUAUAUUAGUCAAAUUUCAAAUCUGUCUAUGUGAAAGUGUUAUAUAAAAAAAAUAUUUUGUAUUAUAUAAAUAUAUUCGUACGCGCGCGGCGCGUACACACAUAUUUGUCUUUGUCUCACGAAGAAUCUUUUGCGAAAUUCUUGCGAGAGAUUUCUGAAUUUUGUGUUUGAUUUCUACCCGAUUAGCAAAUAAUUAGUAGAUAGGUGAUUGCGUUCGCGGUUUUUUCGACCCCGAUAUGUUACUUUGCUACUUGAAAUUCAUGUAGCUUUGUCAGUAAACUGUAUCUCGUAUUCAGGUACGUUAUAUGCGAGAAUCACGGUAGCUGCCCUUUUCUUUCGCGCGGCGAUUACGAUAUAUAAACAGAAUAUAUAUAAUUAUAUUCGACAUAUAUUUUAUAUAUACACGCAUUUCGAAUCUUUUCGGAAUUUUUAUAAAACAUCAUAUCGUAUCUUAGAACUUGUUUGUAUAGCGUAUAAAACGAUAUAUUAUUAAGUAUACAUAUAUAUACACACACACACAUGUAUGUGUGUGUGUGUGUGUGUGUCGAUAAAGUGUGUGUAUACACACACACACACACACAUAUAUAUAUAUAUAUAUGUGUGUGUGUGUUGAUCAAAUGUAACAAGAAGUAAUGAGAAUCUGAAUCACAGGUGCUAAUGUCAUGUAUCGGCAAAACGAUCCGAAAUUCAAUUUCGUAGGCGUAUACGAAAGACAAAUUUCAGACUGAUUUCGGAUUUUAUUGUUGAUAUAGGCUAUCUAACACUCAUUGUUCUAGCUCUCGUUGGUCUCUUUGACACUCGAUUUAUCACGCAUUUAAGAACCUCUAUCAUCUUUAUAAUUUAUAUAUGCAUGUAUAGAGUAUGUGCGUACCGACAAAGCACUUUUACAUUUUUAGCUACAAGCGAUACGCGAUUGAAGUAUCUCUGUUCAAAGAGAUGCAUAUAUUGUUAUACGUGUGUAAUAUUACAGCCCAAUAUAUUUCAACGCGAAAGUGUUAGUAAUUCAUUGCAAUAUUUAUUAUAAAACAUUACGUUAUUCCUUCUAUCGCGCAGCUUCAUUUACACGGUUUGUUUACGAAUAUUUUUUACAUUGUUUACUUUCAUGCAGAAAAAGAACAGUGAUAAUUAGGAUAAUUAAGUUAUAUUUAUUGUUAUAUUUAUUAUAAGUUAUAAUUAUUGUUAUAUUUAUAUCUCUCUUUCCUGUAGAGUUACUGACAUCUGUAAGAAUAUGUUGAGAUUUCUUUAUGCAGCAGCUUAGCUUCGUAGUAUCGCGAUCGCGCAGUCUUGAAAGUUUCUCGAAUUAAAUCUUGUGGAAAUUUACAUGUGAUCUAGAGAAUAUAAUGUGUGUAUCGUACAAAAAUAAAUAUUCAAGUUCCUGUUCUCGCAA